AUGGCGAGAUAUGAUUCUGAGAGCAGCUCCAGCAGCUCGUCCUCAAAGAAGCACGCUGCUUCUCCGUCGUCAAGAAAGUCCAAACCCAGCCCAAAGGACGUCGAUUGGACUGAUGUGACCGACCCAGAAGAGAGAAGAAGGAUUCAAAAUCGAAUUGCCCAGCGCAAGUUCAGGGAAAAAGCUCGAGAAAAUAAAGAGAAGGCGGAACGAGAGCUGCGUAACCAAGAACACGCCGGCAAUAGCUAUCGCAUUCCUUCACCCUCAGACUUCAACCUGGACAGUGAGUUGUCUGGUCUGCCUUGGGGCAGCGUUAGCUGGGGACUGGCCGUGUCAAGAGGACACGAAGUUCAGAGCCGCCGCAGCAGUGGCCGCGGCACAUACGUUGGAGACGACCCUUACUCAGGGGCGCACUACGUCACAUAUGGCCAUGGUAUACCUCAGACAGCCAGCUAUGGCAGCAGUGGUGGCGAGGAAGCUUAUUACGACGAUACGAAUUACACCUACGACCCAACCAGCAUCCAGGUGUAUCCUCCGGUAAUUUAA